AUGCUUCGAAGGUCCCUUUUGGAGUUAUCGAGUCGUCAUCGACCACUAAGGAGGAUCCCGAGACAGAUUACUUCUCAGGCAUGUUUAUUUGCUAACGCAAUGAAAGAAUUCUCAACCUCUUCCCAGAAAAAUGCAUCCCCAAAUGGUGAUCCGAAUGAUAAAUCAGAGAGGGCGGGAUCGCUUUUAGUGAAAGGCUUAGGUGCAGCUCUUGUUGUUGGGACAUGUUAUUAUGUAGGUUGGUUAGACCCAUUCAUUGACUUAAUUCAUAAAAAGAAGCAGGGUUAUGUUGACUCCGGUGGGGAUGGCAUUGAUCGUAAAGAGGUAAAAGGAGAGGAAGCGGGGUCAUCCCUGAGUGAAGAGGCUAAUAAAUUAAGCCAUUUUAUAGAGGAGGCUGCGCAAAAGGUUCAAACUCAGACAGAUCUUCCUAAUGUUGAAACCAAGGAGGAGAAGGUUGAAAUUCAUCCAGAUGUUCCUCAUGUUGAAACUGAGCAGAAGGCUGAAACUCCUGCAGAUCUCCCUCACGUUGAAGCUGACCAGAAGGUUGAAACUCAAAUAGAUCAACCUCAUCAUGAAACUUCAAGUAAAACAGAAAGUGACAAUCAGUCUCAGGUAGUCCAUGGGACAAUCUCUGCUGAGGAGAGACAUGAACCAGGGUUCUCUCAACAUACAGGUUCUGAAGGCAGUGUUGGCAUUGAAAGCCCAGAGUUGAAAACUACUCAAGAAACCAAUGAGGAAGUUCAAGUUACACAAGUACAACCUAAGGAUGCAGGUGUUCCUGUAGAGCAGGAAAUAAAAAGAGUACCGACUCAGAAUGUCAGUAAAGAAGACAGAUCAGAGGCUGCCUCUGGUGAAGGUGUAGGAACAUCAAGUCUACUUGAUUCAUACCAUCUUGAUGAUGAAGCUGAAAAGAACACUGCAACAGAGGGCCUUGGAGAACAGGCUGUUGUAAGUGCCAUUGAAGAACUAAAUGAUGGUUACCUAACGAAAGAUGGAAAGUUAGUUUUGGAUUUUCUCCAAGCAAUUCAUACCGCUGAAAAGAGGCAAGCUGAAUUGGAUGCCCUUGCUUUUGCUGAAGAAAAAAGAGCACUGAAGGAGAAGUAUGAUAAAGCGUUGAGGGAUUUAAGGGCUAGGGAACUUAUGCGUGCAGAGGAGGCAGCAAUAUUGGAUAAGGAAAUGAAAAGAGAGAGAGCCAAAGCUGCAGCUGCAAUCAAGACGCUUCAAGAAAGGAUGGAAGAGAAACUUAGGGUGGAGCUUGAACAGAAGGAACAUGAGGCGGAAAUGAAGCUGCAAAAGUUGCAGGAGUUAGCAAAAGCAGAAUUGUCGGCUGCAAUUGCAAGUGAGAAAGCAGCGCAGAUUGAAAAGAUGGCUGAAGCAAAUCUCAAUAUAAAUGCCUUGUGCAUGGCAUUCUAUGCUCGAUCUGAAGAGGCUCGUCAGAUACACUCUGUUCACAAGCUUGCUCUAGGAGCGCUUGCAUUAGAAGAUGCACUUUCCAAAGGACUACCAGUUCAGAAAGAGCUAGAUGCUUUAAACACCUAUCUUGAUGGCAUUGAUAAAGACUCACUUUUACAUCUGGUUCUAUCAACCCUUCCUGAAGAAACAAGGCACCAUGAGAGCCCUAAUGUCUCCGAAGCUGGCAAUUCAGCCAAUCUGAGUUUGAUCCCACCAGGCGGUGGUGGCAUCUUGGCUCAUGCUUUGGCACAUAUUGCGUCCUGGUUGAGGUUUAAAGAAGUUGAUCCCUCUGGUGAAGGUAUUGAAUCUAUUAUUAGUAGAGUCGAGGGUUUCCUUGCUGAAGGAAAGCUAGCUGAAGCAGCAGAUGCUCUCCAAAACGGUGUGCAAGGCAGCCAGGCAGAAGAGAUAGCUGGUGAUUGGGUGAGGCAAGCCAGGAAUAGAGCUAUCACAGAGCAAGCUCUAACUGUAAUUCAGUCGGACAUCAGAAGCGAGAGAAUGACUGUCCUACGAAGCAGCUUAAAUUUAGAAGAGCUUUACAAGGGUUGUGACUUGAGACCCAAAAUUGUGUAG